AUGAGAAACUCCAGUCUACAGUCGCGGGUGGAGUCCUUUCUGAUUUACAAAUCCAAGAGGCUGCCAGUCCUGAAUGCCAGCUACGGGCCUUUCGCCAUUGAGCAGGUGGUACCCCAGGACUUGAUGCUCCCCUCCAGCCCCUUUGGAUUCACCAGCACGUUUUCUCUGAACUGGAAGCUGAAGGCGCACAUCCUGCGGGACAAGAUCUACCUGAGCCGGCCCCGCGUGCAGGUGCUGUUCCACGUGGUGGGCAGGGACUGGGACGACCCCGGCCCCGCACAGAGCCUGCCCUGCCUGCGGGUGUUCGCCUUCCGGGAGACCCGGGAGGUGCGGGGCAGUUGCCGCCUGCGGGGGGCCCUGGGGCUGUGCGUGGCGCAGCUGGAGCUCCCGGCCAGCUGGUUCGGCCCCCCAACAGUGGUGGCCGGGAGGAAGAAGGCGCUGGAGCCCCCCGAGGGUAGCCCGGUGGAGCUCUACUAUGCCGUGCAGCCAGGAGAUGAGCGUGGAGACUGCGCCAAGGAGGACGCCCGGAGGGCCGGCGGGAUGCGGUCUGGCCGUAAUGACAUCGAUGAGUCGGGGCCUCCCUUGCACAGGAUUGGGAGUGUUUUUCUUUACCAGACCCCCAGCCGGCCGCCGCUGAGAGAGCUGCGCUUGGAUAACCACGUGGCCGUGCAGUACGUGCCAAAGACAGUCAGGCAGGGAGACGUGCUGACUUUUCCGGUCUCCAUCUCCAAAAACUCCACCGAGGACCGCUUCACGUUAAGGGUAAAGGUCAUGAAAGGCAUGAACAUCAUUGGGGUGAGAGCCAGCAGCCCCUCCGUGUGGGAAGUCAAGGAGAGCACAGAUUACGCUGGGAAGUACGCACCUGCUGUCAUCGUUUGUCAGAAGAAAUCGGCUGGCUCAGAAAAAAGUGCAAAUGGUGCCUCCUAUGAAGUCAUGCAGAUCGACGUAGAAAUCGAAGAGCCCAGUGACCCGCCGGCCACACAGCUUGUCACAUGGCAGGUUGAAUAUCCAGGAGACAUCACAUCUGACCUGGGUGUCUCCAAGAUCUACGUGAGUCAGAAAGACUUGAUCGGAGUCAUCCCACUGGCCAUGGAGGCGGAAAUCCUGAACACAGCCAUCCUCACCGGGAAGACAGUGGCCGUGCCCGUGAAGGUGGUCUCGGUGGAGGAGGAUGGCGCAGUGACAGAUCUCAAGUCUGUGGAGUGCCGAUCGUCUGAUGAAGAUGUCAUUAAGGUUUCUGACAGAUGUGACUAUGUCUUUGUCAAUGGGAAGGAAAUGAAGGGCAAGGUGGGCGUGGUGGUGAACUUCACCUUCCAGCACCUGAACACUCCUCUGGAGAUGACGGUAUGGGUGCCCCGGUUGCCCCUGCAGAUCGAGAUCUCGGACACUGAGCUCAACCAGAUCAAGGGCUGGAGAGUCCCCAUCGUCUCCAACAAGAGGCCAGCUCAGGACAGCGAGGAGGAGGAUGAAGACGAAAGGAGGAACAGGGGCUGCACGCUCCAGUACCAGCAUGCCAUGGUGCGGGUCUUGACUCAGUUUGUGGCGGAAGCGGCUGAGCCCGGGGGGCAGCUGGCCCACCUGCUGGGCUCCGAUUGGCAGGUGGACAUCACGGAGCUGGUGAAUGACUUCAUGCAGGUGGAGGAGCCCCGGAUCGCCAAGCUGCAAGGGGCACAGGUCCUGAUUGGCCAGGAACUGGGCAUGACCACCAUUCAGAUCCUGUCGCCUCUGUCAGACGCUAUCUUGGCUGAGAAGACGGUCACCGUGCUGGAUGAGAAGGUGACGAUCACGGACCUCGGGGUCCAGCUGGUGACGGGACUGUCGCUUUCCCUGCAGCUCAGCCCAGGGAGCAACAGGGCCAUCUUCGCCACUGCGGUGGCUCAAGAGCUUCUGCAAAGGCCCAAACAGGAAGCAGCCAUCAGUUGCUGGGUCCAAUUCAGUGAUGGCUCCGUCACCCCCUUGGAUAUUUAUGAUGCAAAAGACUUCUCCCUGAUGGCCACAUCCCUGGAUGAGAAGGUGGUCUCCAUCCACCAAGACCCCAAAUUCAAGUGGCCUAUAAUCGCCGCUGAAGCUGAAGGACAGGGGGCCCUGGUCAAGGUCGAAAUGGUCAUUUGCGAAUCGUGCCAGAAAUCCAAGCGGAAGAGCGUGCUGGCGGUGGGGACAGCCAACAUCAAAGUGAAGUUUGGCCAAAACGACGCCACCCCCAACACCAGUGACAGCAGACACAGGGGGGCAGGAGGCCCCCUGGAUAAUAACAUCAGUGACAGAAGACCCAAAAAGCCCUUGCAGGAAUGGGGGAGUCAGGAGGGAGAGUACUACGGCAGUUCCUCCGUGGGCCUCAUGGAAGGCAGGGGGUCUACGACGGAGCGGUCCACCUUCCAGAAGAAUAGGGGCCAGGAAAGCCUUCUGGAUGAUGGCGGCCAUUUGCAGACCAUCUCCAUCGACCUCACCAGCUUCCCAGCCCAGGUGGACCUGCCCAGAAGCCACGGGGAAACGGAGGAGAGCGACCCCCAGUCCUCCAAAGGGCUGAGCGACCUGGAGAUCGGAAUGUAUGCCCUGCUGGGGGUCUUCUGCCUGGCCAUUUUGGUCUUCCUCAUCAACUGCGUGACCUUUGCAUUAAAGUACAGGCACAAACAGGUCCCCUUCGAAGAACAAGAAGGGAUGACUCACUCUCACGACUGGGUCGGCCUGAGCCACCGGACCGAACUGCUGGAGAACCAGCUCCACUUUUCCUCCUCCCAAGAGGAGCAGAUCACCGCCAUCGACAGGGGCAUGGAUUUCGAAGAGAGCAAGUAUCUGCUCUGCACAGACUCCCAAAAGAGCAUCAACGGACAGCUGUUCAGAUCUUCAGUACCCACCCUCGCGGACGGGAAAGAUCAGAAAAGCGAGCCCCCAACGUCCCCUACCUCAAAAAGAAAAAGAGUCAAAUUCACCACUUUCGCCACCCUCUCUCCAGAGGAUGGAUGCCCCGCCGUGAACUCCCUACCGGCCAGCGGCGAGGAUACCGUGAACUGGGUUGGCCAGGAUCUGGACCCUGGGGGAGGCCAAGAGUCACGUGGCUACAGGGAAGGAUUACGUGAAGAUGUGUAA